GGCCGUUAUAAUGCGGCGGAGCGGGCGAGGCCCCGCUGGGAGGGGCGGGGUGGGAGGAGGGAGAGUCACUUAUAAAUGGCGCCCAAGCAGGACCCCAAGCCCAAAUUCCAGGAGGGUGAACGAGUGCUGUGUUUUCAUGGACCUCUCCUUUAUGAAGCAAAGUGUGUAAAGGUUGCCAUAAAGGACAAACAAGUGAAAUACUUUAUACAUUACAGUGGUUGGAAUAAAAAAGAGAAAUCAGAGCUCUUCCUUUUACACUGGGAUGAAUGGGUUCCAGAAAGCAGAGUGCUCAAAUACGUGGACACGAAUCUGCAGAAACAGAAAGAACUUCAAAAGGCCAAUCAGGAACAAUAUGCAGAGGGCAAGAUGAGAGGUGCUGCUCCAGGCAAGAAGACAUCUGGUCUGCAACAGAAAAAUGUUGAAGUAUUUUUCAGACGAGAUGGAGCGCAUACUGUUUGCUGUUUGGAGACCCCUACAAUAUCGACACGGAAAACAAAAAAGAACAAACAGAAAACUCCUGGAAUUGGGGAAGGCAGCAGUACCAGUGAGACUCCCCAGCCUCCUAGGAAGAAAAGGGCUCGAGUGGAUCCCACGGUUGAAAGUGAAGAAACAUUUAUGAACAGAGUUGAAGUAAAGGUAAAAAUUCCAGAAGAGCUGAAACCAUGGCUUGUUGAUGACUGGGAUUUGAUCACUAGGCAAAAACAGCUCUUUUAUCUUCCUGCCAAGAAGAACGUUGACUCCAUUUUAGAGGAUUACGCAAGCUACAAGAAAUCACGAGGAAACACUGAUAAUAAAGAAUACGCUGUUAAUGAAGUUGUUGCUGGAAUAAAAGAGUACUUCAAUGUAAUGUUGGGGACUCAACUGCUGUACAAAUUUGAGAGGCCACAGUAUGCUGAAAUCUUAGCAGAUCAUCCCGAUGCGCCUAUGUCACAAGUCUAUGGUGCACCACACCUACUACGAUUGUUUGUACGAAUUGGAGCUAUGCUUGCCUACACCCCUCUUGAUGAGAAGAGCCUGGCUUUGUUGUUAAACUACUUGCAUGAUUUCUUGAAGUAUUUAGCAAAGAACGCUUCCACAUUGUUUAGUGCCAGUGACUAUGAAGUAGCCCCUCCCGAAUACCAUCGGAAAGCAGUAUAAGGCAUGCCUCUGUAUAGUGAAGUAAUACUUGGGUCUCUGUGACAGUGCUGUCCAUUUCUACAUUUUGUUCUUUGUCCUUCCAUUGCACAUGUCUCUUGCACAGAUUAUGUAAAUUUAAAGUGAAUAAAGUGUGUGUUAAAACUGAACUGACAUUUGUAAGUUCUAAAGUUUUCUUUUGUUUGUUCUGAAACAGAAGCCUAAAAAGGAGGCUUUGGGAACCCAUCAGUGGGAUGUAGAAAGGAAUGCAAUUAGCAUAUUAUUUCGUUGUCUGAGCUCCUUUAAAGUUUAUAGGUUCAUUGUUUUGACACUAAGCUCUUACCUAACCUGCAUUAUUGCUUAGUGAUGACAAGUGUGCCACAGGGGUUGUGAUGACCUAACUUAUAUGCUACUAAUUAGUUUGACUUUCAAGCCCACUCACUUUCUUGGUGUUUGAAGUGUAGCAUUUGUUGAUCCGUAAAUUCAUUCCUUGCCUAGAGAGUUGAAGGAUUGUGACUUUUGUAUCCUAACAUAAUGGAAAAAUGCAUUAUUGUAUCUUGGUGUUCUGAAAAUGUUGGUCUUUCAAGGAGCUAUUUUACAAGUCUUCAAAUAAACUUUUUUUAUUUCAAAGAUUA